AUGGCGACACUCAACUUCGCGGAUAACAUGUGGGAUCAGUUCGAAAAGGUCGUGAAGCGGCUGAACGAGGGAAAGAACUUUUCGUCAGAGGUGGCCAGCUUCGUGCAAAAGAGAGCCCUCUUGGAGAAGGAGUACGCCAUGAAGCUCCAGAAGCUGAUGAAGAUGACAACGAUCGAAGAGUACGCGUCGCUGGGGUCGGCCUGGACCUCGCUGCGCACCGAAACUGAGAAGCUUGCACUCUGGCACGACCAGUUCGGGGAUCGACUCGUGUCCGAGGUGAAGGACCACAUACUCGAACACAGGGGCGAGAGCAAGAAGCAGACCAGAGUGCUCGUCGAACAGGGCACCAAGAUCAUCAAGGACCUCGAAAUCCAGACCGACAAGGGCGACAAGGCACGGUCGGCCUACUAUCGCUCCCGCAGGAAGCAGGACGAGACCCAGGAAGAGUACGACCGAGCGACGAUGAGCGGGCAGCCGGCCGGUAUACUGCAGAAGCUGGGGAAGAAGGCGACGAAGGACGAGAAGGUGGCGAUCAAAGCGGACACCGCCUACAAGGCGGCCAUCGCAACCCUCGUGGAGGCGCAAGUGCGCAUGUACGACACGGAGAUGCCCAAGACGAUGAGCGAGCUCCAGCGGAUCGAGAUUACCCGGCUGCAGGUCACGCAGUCCUCGCUGAAGCACAUAAUCUCGCUGCAGAGCGGGCUCGCCGAGCAGGUCACGGAGCGAUGCGGGGUCGUGCAUCCGAUGCUCGACGCGGUCGACGCCUCGGCCGAUAUCGUGGCCUUCGUCGAGCGGGCAACCUCGGGCAAGCCCAAGCCGCCCAAGGCCGACUACGAACCCUACGACCCGAAGGACAACCGAAGGCUCUCCCUGGCCGCGCCGCUCACCCUCGCUCCAAACUCCACGAUGCGCGGCCACAGCGGCUCGGUGAGCCUCCUCUCGCCUCGUGCAUCGGUCGGCAGCGCUCAGCCGCGGGUGGCGGCGAUCGUGGCCGCGUCUGCCAGCACGGCAACGGCGCCGCCAUCGAAAUCUUCUGUCGCCGCCGCGCCGGUAUCUCCGGCCCCGACCCCGAGAGGGCCUGCGCUGAAGGUGCGGGCUCUCUUCGACUACACUGGCGAGACGCAGCCGGAGCUGAGCUUCAAGAAGGGCGACAUCAUCACGGUGACGGAGAAGGACGAGAGCGGGUGGUGGCAAGGCGAGCUGAACGGCGUGAUCGGCGCAUUCCCGAGCGGGUGGGUGGAGGACCUCUCGGCGCCUGCCCAGUCGACGAGCCCGGCCAAGGGUCCGCCACAGAUCGUCGAGCCCCCGCCAGAGCCGGAGAAGCAGGCACGCGCGCUCUACGCCUUCAGGAAGGAGCAGGAGGAGGAGAUCGACGUGAACGUGGGCGACCUACUUGUGGUGGACGUGGACGACGGCAGCGGGUGGAUAUACGGCUUUAAUCAGACGUCGGGAGAGGGCGGACGCUUCCCCGCCAACUACGUGGAGUACUUGUAG